GUCAUCAGUACUAUGGAGAACUAUGUAUGGAGACCUGUGGUAACUGUAGUGACGGGGUGACAUGUAACAAUGUGAAUGGAUCGUGUACAAACGGAUGUAACGUUGGUGUCUACGGAGACAAAUGUAAAAUGCCGUGUCCUAGUAGUCGACAUGGGAAGAACUGUUCUCGAACGUGCACUAAUUGUGACACGUGUGACAGAUUUACAGGACAGUGUACACCCCCCUGUUAUUCGGGAUGGAAGGGAACACAUUGUACUGAUAAAUGUGACGGACUAAAAUACGGGAAUGGCUGUAAUAAAGACUGUGGAACCUGCCUAGAUUAUACACAAUGCCACCAUAUAAACGGGACAUGCUUUGAUGGAUGUGAUUCUGGAUAUGAAGGAGAACUCUGUAAAACUGCCUGUUCCCGUGGGACAUUUGGAAAGAAUUGUGAUCAAAUAUGUUCUGAGAAUUGUGAUGAAAAUCCCACAACAUGUAACGGAAGAACGGGAGAGUGCACCGGUGGAUGUCGCCCGGGCUGGGAAGGACUGCAAUGUGACAUGGUAUGCUCCGGGAACAAGUAUGGUGAAAAUUGCAUCCAGACAUGUGGUAAUUGUUACAACAAUGAGAUAUGUGAUCACGUGAAUGGCACUUGCUUCAAAGGAUGUGACGAAGGGUUUAAAGAACAAUUAUGCCAAGAAGAAUGUGAACCACAGUACUAUGGAUAUAACUGCGAGAAGAACUGCAGUACAGAAUGUGUCAAUCAAACCUGCAAUUCCUUUAACGGAGAGUGUUUUGAAAAGCAGACGACGCAAGAACAGAAAGGUACACAUGAAGAUAACAAUCUAGGGCCUAUCAUAGGUGGUGUUGUCGGCGUGCUAUCAGCUUGUCUACUGGUUGUUAUUAUAUUUUGGGUGCUGAGAAGAUAUAGAUCACGGGAACAAGGAAGGAAGACACAAAGCGCCGCACAGUCCAAGAAAGAUAACUUCCGAGAAGACUUUAGUAGUCUUGACGAAAAACGUCCAUCUUCGAAAGACCGAGAAAUCGUAUAUAUGAAUUCAGAGAACAAGAAACCACUCAUUGGUCCAAAGAAAAGCUACGAGGCUGAGGUUGAUGAGGACGAGUUGAUUCACUCAGAAAAUCCUUACGGAGACGCGUAUUUAAAUGAGAUGAUCAUACCAGAUAUACCCUUGGAUCAACUGGAGUCAAAAAUUGCUGAGAAAAGAAAGAACAAUGAUGAUGGAUUUCAACGAGAGUACGCAACUUUACCCUAUGGAGAGCAGUAUCCAUGUGAAGCUGGAAAGAAGGGAGAGAAUAUCGUUAAGAACAGGUUUAAAACGACCUUUCCAUAUGACCAUUCAAGGAUAAUUCUGAAAACGAGAGCGGAUUACAUUAAUGCCAAUUACAUUGAGGGAGCUGAAAGAAAUAAAGAAUAUAUCGCAGCUCAAGGACCUAAAGAACACACCAUCGGUGAUUUCUGGACCAUGGUUUGGCAGGAAAAUGUCUCUGUUAUUGUAAUGGUAACAAAUCUUAAGGAAGGAAAUAAGAAUAAAUGUGCAAAGUACUGGCCAGACACAGACAAACACAUUGGAUAUGGAACUGUUUCCGUAAAAAUGGUUGACGAAAAACAUUAUGCAUUCUACACUGUACGUAAACUGACCGUGAUUCACAGAGAGACGAAGAAGACGCGCUUGCUGACGCAAUACCAAUAUACGGCCUGGCCUGAUCAUGGAACUCCCGAUCCCCUUUGUCUCGUGGUAUUCCAUAAUCACGUGACCAGAUUAAAGACCAAUCAGAUUAACUCUCCAGUCGUCGUACACUGCAGCGCCGGCAUAGGCCGAACUGGAACAUACAUUGCGUUAGACAUCCUGGAUAGGUUGGGAAGAAAGAGGGGGAAGGUGAACGUCGCGGAAUGUGUCAAAAGGAUGAGAGAAAACAGAAUGAAUAUGGUCCAAACCUACGAGCAGUACAUUACAAUAUUCCUUGCGUUAACUGAAAUAUUCAAAUCUCCAAUUGAAAUCAGCACAGUGGCGGAGUUCACUACUCGGGCCCAAACAUUGACUACUGAUAAACCGGCCAAUCAGAGUUUGCUACGUAAGGAAUUUCAGCGUUUACAGAAAAUUCGACCUAAAUACACCCCCCUUGACUACAAACUAGCCAGAGAAAGCCGAGGAGACAUCUCCAUCCAUGACAUUCUUCCAUUGGAUAGAUACAGCGUUUUUCUCUCGUCUGCUGUACCCCACCGUGGAAGUUUCAUCAACGCCAUUUCUGUACCAUCGUAUACAAACAGUAAAGCGUUCAUAGUGACGGAGUUCCCGCAGACAGAGGAUGCUGUGGACUUCCUGCGUCUCCUGGUAGACCACGAAUCGGACACUGUAAUAUGUAUGAAUAUACUGAAAGACGUUGGAUCGACUACCGCUUGGUUACCACGCCCCUCCUCUUCAAAGUCCCUCUCCCUGUACACGGUUCACUAUAAAUCGAAGUCCCAAUCUGACGUUAUCAACACUUCCAUCGACAUCCUUCAUAGUGAAGAUGAGGUUCACGAAGUUACAAUAAUCGAACCUAAGAUCCAAAUCAAGACACCCAGCUCUUCUACAGAUACAUCCCAACUCCGCAGUCUGGUGACCGCUGCUCUGGGUGCGAAUACACAGCAUCCUAUCACGAUCGUUAGCAGCGAUGGCGCUUCCAUGUGCGGAGUUUUCUGCGCCGUCCACAACGUGAUUCAGCAGAUCACCCUGGAUGAUACUGUCGAUGUGUUUACAGCCGUACGUCAGCUUCACACCCGAAGGCCACAGUUUUGUGCAAACCUCGAUGAGUACAGCUUGGUCGUGAAAGCAGUUUCUGAUCACAUUCAAAGCUCCACCGAAAACAUAUACUUUAAUCAGUAGACCGUUAAUCAUUAGUGACAGGUGUGCUUUAAAGCCGAGUGGAUUACGAAAUUGUCAAAUUUGCGAUAAACCGAAAUUUACUUCAUUAGAAACGCUUGUGCAUAUUCGAUUUUGUCGUUGUAUAAUAUCAAUAUUUUCGUACAUUUUACAGUUCAAUAUUGUACAAUUAUGGACUGUUUAGCAGGGAGACAUCACAAAUGAUCAGGUCUUAGUAGGGUUAUCACCCGAAGGUGUCUAUGCAGUCGACGUUAGUUUUAUUAUCCUGAAGAAUCUGGAUGUUAAAAAAAAUAUCACACAUUUUUUUGACUUGUACCAUGUAGCUUUUUGUUUUAUUUAAAACAUCAACACAUUCGUAAUAACUUUCUCUGCAGAAAAUUCUGAUAACUUUUCAAUAGUUUUCGAAGGGUGAAAUCAAUGUUACCCUCAACUGCAUACAUUAUUUUGUUUUACACUCAAUGUCAUACAGUUAUUAGAUAUUCAUAUGUUAACCAAAACAAAUCAUUGAGGUUUGAGAAAGUUAAACGAGAGAAAGCUUUCAAUUGUGAUGCCACAGUAGAAUGACGCAAAAACAUAUCGUCAAACAUAAAUAUUUCGUAACGCAUUUCAUGACAAAAACCGUAAACAUAAAGUGAAAUGCGAAAUUGCAUUAGAAUGGAAAUAUUUUUCUGAUGGAUUAUUAUUUGUGACAGCUAAUGUUCACGCUGAAGUUUAUGAUUAACAAUCCCGCAUAUUUUCAAUUAUUUUUUUAAUAGAGCUCCCUUGCUUGUGCCACCAGAGGUUAUCCUCUAAAGGAAGACAACACAGUUGUCACCCUGCGUGUGAGGGAUACAUCACGAAUUGUCUCCUUCCAUGUGACCAGUCCUCUACCAGUGAAAUUGACUGUAUUAUUCUGAAAGAUAAUAAUAGAUUUUGUCUGCGAGUCAAGCAGUCACCAUUGUACAAAUACCAUAGACGAUAAUAAACGUAAUCAAAGUAAAGAAAAGCAAUCCGCUUAAUAACAUUAUAAUAUUCCUUAUUAUAUACUUUCAAUUUCAUCUCUUCUUUUUUCUUUAAAAGUUUGCGGGCAUAUAUCACUCGAUAUAUGCCCGGAAACAUUCCGGACCGCAAACAUUACGUAACAAUUAAAAUUUCUACGCCGUAAACUUUGAAAUGUUUCAUGUUUUUCAUCUUUUACUCAGUUGAACCGAUAAAGUUAUUGUUAAAAAUAAAAGUAUUGUUAGUUUCUAAAUGAAAUUUAAUCGCAAUCUCGGUCCGUCUACGCGCCAAAAAACUCGGUCGUCAUAUUUUCCCAUACAAAGUCUAUAACCUAUAAAUAUUUAAACUAGCAUUGUCACAAAAUUAUUUUUGUAUUUUGAAAUAUAUACCAAAGAUGUAUAUUGCUACUACAAAUCCACCAUUUGUAUACGCAUAGACCGUGUGCCUGUUGCCAUCAUUUUAUCUUUUGUAUUUCAGGUUUUUGGCAGUGCUUUUUGUGUUUAAUUUAUGAUUUUGAAAUAUUAUCUUGCCUUAUAUACAUGUGCAUAUCGAAGGAUUUUGUUUUUGCUGUUUAGUAAUUUGGUUGUGGAUCUUUAACAUACUACUGCUUUAUUUGUUUUACAUGUUUAUUCAAGGAACUGAUGUGUAUGGUAUAUUUACAUUUUACGCUUACUUGUUUAAAAACAAUAUACAAAACGGCCAUUUUAUUAUCUUGUGUUUUAUAUAUCAUAUUUGUAAUAAAAGACGAUAAACGGUGAAA